GUGGCGGGGCGCUCCCGGAGGCGGUGCCGGCGGCCGGGGGGCGGCUCCGGGCCGGUUCGGGCGGGGCGGGGCGGGCGGCGGCUCGGCCGCUGGCGGGCUGGCACGGAGCGGAGCGGCCGGCGGCGGCCACGGCGGAGCGAUGAUCCGCCGGGAAGACACUGAACGGGCAGUGGAAAUUCUGACCAGAUACCAAAGCACCCUGCAGUCCCCGGAGGAGCAGGAGUUAAAAGCAUCCAUUGGAAAAGUCUCGCACAUCUUCCAGAGUGAACUGUUCCAGGCUCUGCUGGAUAUUCAUGAAUUCUACGAUUUCACGCUGCGCUCCGCACCCGUGCAGUCCCCGAGCCCGGAUGCACCUCAGGGCACAGCCAGGCAGCAGCCUGGGGCCAGCGAGCCCAGCUCCACAGCCACCCCCAGACAGCCCCAAAACCUGCCUGAGGACGGCUCCUGGCGCCGUGAGCAGAGGCUCCCCGCGGGCGCCCCGGCCACGCCGCCGCGCCUGGUGCGGGUGACAGCGCGGCGCACCGAGGCGCCGGCCAGCGUCUGCAGCCUGGUGCUCAGCUCUGCCAGCACCCUGCCCCAGGCCAACCCCGCUCCCAUUCUCGUGAACACAGACUCGCUGGAACAAGGGCUCUCUAUGAAUGGCAGUGAUGGGAUGUUCAAAUAUGAAGAGAUCGUCUUGGAAAGGGGUAACUCCGGCCUCGGCUUCAGCAUAGCGGGAGGCAUCGACAACCCCCAUGUUCCAGAUGACCCGGGGAUCUUCAUCACCAAGAUCAUCCCCGGGGGAGCUGCAGCCAUGGAUGGCCGUCUAGGGGUGAACGACUGCGUGCUGCGGGUGAACGACGUGGACGUGUCUGAGGUGGUGCACAGCAAAGCCGUGGAGGCCCUGAAGGAAGCCGGCCCUGUGGUGCGGCUCGUGGUGCGCCGCCGGCAGCCCCCGCCUGAGACCAUCAUGGAGGUUAACCUGAUGAAGGGCCCCAAAGGCCUGGGGUUCAGCAUUGCAGGGGGCAUUGGGAACCAGCACAUCCCUGGGGACAACAGCAUCUACAUCACCAAGAUCAUCGAGGGCGGUGCUGCCCAGAAGGACGGGCGCCUGCAGAUCGGGGACCGGCUGCUUGCGGUGAACAACACAAACCUGCAGGAUGUGCGGCACGAGGAGGCAGUGGCCGCCCUGAAGAACACCUCUGACAUGGUGUACCUGAAAGUGGCCAAGCCUGGCAACAUCCACCUCAACGACAUGUACGCGCCCCCCGACUACGCCAGCACCUUCUCAGCCUUGGCUGACAACCACAUAAGCCAUAACUCCAGUCUGGGCUACCUGGGCAGCGUUGAGAGCAAGCCUGCCUAUCCCAUCCCUCCCCAGGUGACUCCGUCCCGGUACUCGCCUAUCCCUCGGCACAUGAUCGGAGACGAUGACUUCACCAGGGAGCCCCGGAAAAUCAUCCUGCACAAAGGCUCCACCGGCCUGGGCUUCAACAUUGUUGGAGGGGAGGAUGGCGAGGGGAUCUUUGUGUCCUUCAUCCUGGCUGGAGGCCCUGCUGACCUCAGCGGGGAGCUGCGGAGGGGAGACCGCAUCCUUUCGGUGAACGGCGUGAACCUUCGCAACGCCACCCACGAGCAGGCGGCGGCGGCGCUGAAGCGGGCGGGGCAGACGGUGACCAUCAUCGCGCAGUACCGGCCCGAAGAGUACAGCCGCUUCGAGUCCAAGAUCCACGACCUGCGGGAGCAGAUGAUGAACAGCAGCAUGAGCUCGGGCUCCGGCUCGCUGCGCACCAGCGAGAAGAGAUCGCUCUACGUGCGAGCCCUGUUUGACUAUGACCGGACCCGGGACAGCUGCCUGCCCAGCCAGGGGCUCAGCUUCUCCUACGGGGACAUCCUGCACGUCAUCAACGCCUCCGAUGACGAGUGGUGGCAGGCCAGGCUCGUCACACCCCAUGGCGAGAGCGAGCAGAUCGGGGUCAUCCCCAGCAAGAAGAGGGUGGAAAAAAAGGAGAGAGCACGGUUGAAAACAGUGAAGUUCCACGCCAGGACUGGCAUGAUUGAGUCCAACAGGUCGAUCAAAACGAAACGUAAAAAGAGUUUCCGCCUCUCUCGAAAGUUCCCAUUUUACAAGAGCAAAGAGAACCUGGCCCAGGAGAGCAGCCCAGGACAGGAACAGGGCGUGACAUCAAACACCAGUGACAGCGAGAGCAGUUCCAAAGGACAAGAGGACACCAUCCUGUCAUACGAGCCAGUGACACGGCAAGAAAUUCACUACGCCAGGCCCGUGAUCAUCCUGGGGCCCACCAAGGACAGGAUCAACGAUGACCUCAUCUCAGAAUUCCCACACAAGUUUGGUUCCUGCGUGCCCCACACCACCAGGCCUCGGCGCGAGAACGAGGUGGAUGGGCAGGAUUACCACUUUGUGGUGUCCCGGGAGCAGAUGGAGAAAGACAUCCAGGACAACAAGUUCAUAGAGGCUGGGCAGUUCAAUGACAACCUCUACGGGACCAGCAUCCAGUCCGUGCGAGCAGUGGCAGAGAGGGGGAAGCACUGCAUCCUGGAUGUGUCUGGCAAUGCUAUCAAGAGGUUGCGACAAGCACAACUUUAUCCCAUUGCCAUUUUCAUCAAACCAAAAUCCAUUGAAGCCCUCAUGGAGAUGAACCGGAGACAGACGUACGAGCAGGCCAACAAGGUCUUUGACAAAGCCAUGAAACUUGAGCAAGAGUUUGGAGAAUAUUUUACAGCCAUCGUACAAGGAGACUCUCUGGAAGAAAUCUACAGCAAAAUCAAACAGAUCAUUGAGGACCAGUCCGGGCACUACAUCUGGGUCCCGUCCCCAGAGAAACUCUGAAGAUGUCUCCCACCUGCUUCCCUGUGAGCAGAAGAUCUCUGAUGUCCCACCCAUCCAAGCCCUCUGCCCCGAGGGGGAGGGAUAUGAAAACUAUUCCUGCUCCCUUUUUUAGAUCGUCGCAAAAUUGAGUUUUCUAGUCCUGUUUCUUUUGUUGGGAUGAACUCAUAUCAUUCAUCACGUGACUGUUCCCACCAUUCCUGCAUGGACCUUCCCACUGCUCCAUUAGAGACAGACGAGAACCCAUUCAAGGUCGUUUUUUUAUUAUUAUUAUUAUUAUAUUAUUAUUAUUAUUAUUAUUAACUAAACAAAGAAUCAAGAUGGGAGGAGGCGGCUAAGGACUAAUGUAAGAAAACAAGUGAAACAAUGGACUCUGAACACAUGAGCUGGUAUCAGAACUCCAGGGGCAUUUUUCCAAGUGUGACCGUCUAGCAGCUCUGAACAGUGCGACAGAUGGGCAGCAGAAAGCAUUUUAUUUAUCUGUAUAUGUAAUUUAUAUAUAAUAUAGAGGAGAGAUAUUAUAUAUAUAUUAUAUAUAUAUAUAUAUGUAUGUGGACUAGGAAAUCUGAAGGACCUCUCUGGAAAGGUGUUGUAUUAUUGCAAGGUUCUUUCAGUUCCUCUGUCCCAACCACUCAGCUUAGGGAGUCCACUUGGGCAGGAAGAGCUCGGAACGGUACCGGGUGCUUUGGGAAUUCUCCCGUCCAGGCCAGGUCCCUGCAGCCACCCUGGCUCUGAGGCAGGGCACAGACUGGCACUGCCUGGGCAGGAGGGACCAGAGCAAGGAGCAGCAGCUGCCUGAGAGAGGCUGGGAGACAGAGACUGAGCAGGAGGCUGCGGAGCAAGAGAAUGGAUGAUGCUACAUAUUAAAUUGCACAUUGUUUUACACACGACUUUAUGUGUUUGCAUGAGAGGUUUCCUUUUGGUUCUAUUUUUUUAAGCUGAUUUUAAACCAAAACCAUAUUGUGUUGUUGUGUUGGCUUUUUUAAUUAUUAUUAUUAUUAUUACUAUUAUUAUUAUUAUUCCAUUUUUCUCUUGUUAAUGAUGAACUGAAUGGGUAUAAAAUCCAGUUUUUUAACUUA